AGGCUUGGUGAGAUAAAUAUAAUUUCUUCCAAAUUUUAAUCUCUCCUUGCAAAUCUAAGAAGUUCGAUGUUCUAAAGAAAUGCAGGUUCCAGCCGACAUGGUAGUAAAUGCUAUCAUUGUGGCAAUACUGACACAUAAACUCCAACCAUCUGGACAUACAAUUAUAUAUCACAUAGGUUCUUCAAUGAGAAAUUCAAUGAGAAUCAACAAUCUGUUCAGUUAUAUUCUCCGCUACUUUACGGAAAAACCAUGGAUGAAUGGAGAUGGAAAGGUAAUCAAGGUUAAGAAAAUUACCUCAUUCAACGACAUUGCUAGCUUCCAUCGAUACAUGACCAUUCACUACGUCUUUCUCAAGGGUUUUGAGUUUGUGAACAAAGCAUUUUGCUACUCUUUCCAAGACAAGUAUAAUGAUCUUCAGAGAAAGUUCAACUGGGUGAUGCGACAAGUUGAGCUAUAUAACUCGUUUAUAUUCUUCAAAGCCAAAUUUGACGAUACCAACUUAGAAAAACUGAGAAUUGUUGCACGAGACAACGACAUAAAUCCAAAUACAUCGCUUUUGGAUCCAAAUGAUAUAAACUGGGAGGAUUACUUUCUGAAUAUCCACAUUCCUGGACUUGUUAAAUAUGUAAUGAAAUGAUUAUAAUACGUAUGAAGUUUUUCAAUUUCACUCGAGGAUUAAAAUAUCAUUUCUUUAUGUGUACUCGAAAGUAGCCUAAAAUAAUUACAAUUUCAAGAACUUCAAUCCCAACAACAUAUCAGCUCAACCGAGUCCAACAACACCAAACUAGCUAGCUAAUUCUCUUUGUUGUCUUCUCUUUGACAUCCGUAAUUCAAGAAAAUAUCUUAAUUAGCUGCCUACGAUAUAGUCCAAAGCUGAACAAGUAUUGUCAGAGAUGUUAAUGAUAAUAGGUCCUUAAUUUCAACACACUGCACAUGACAUCUUUCUAUUGUCAGAGGGAAGCGAAUCUUUCCUUUUAAAGUGUAACAUCCCCACGUUCUAGGAAUUCUUAUGCAACAGUCUAAGCCUUCCGCUAACAGAUAUUGUCCACUU